GUUGAAUCUAAGUUUGAUAUUUGGUUGUAAAUUUGGUUGUAAAAAAAAAAAAAAUUAUUUCAAGAUGGGUUUGAAUCGUCUUUUUCCUUGCGGCGUGGAUGUAAAAUAUAACACAUCCCUGCCGCACUAUAUAAUGUAUUUUUAUACCAUAUAGUCUAUUAUAGAGAUAUUUAUAGCACGGGUAUAGCGAUAAUCUUUAAAAAGUGGUAAAAAUGGAAUAAUUAGUAUAAUGGAAGGUAGAUAGAUAGUUUCAAACUGAGUAAUUUAUAAGUGAUAUUCAAUAUAGUUAAUCUAAGUAUGAUUGAGAUGUUUGAAUAUCGUUAUGGUGAUAUAUUACAGAGUAUAGAUCAAUAUAGCUAUGGAUUUACUCCUAUUAUUAUAUGGGGGAUAUUUAUUUAUUGUUUAAUGGUUAUAAUUCAAAAGGUUAAUUUGAUCAUUGGGAUAUGUUAUGAAAUGAAGCAAUCGAAUCAAAGUAUAAAGAAGUAUAGUAUGACUUUGAGUAAACAUUCAAUUAUUGGGUUGGUUGCUAUUAGUAUGGGAUGGGUCAUAAGUAAACUAUGGCAGGAUGUUAAAAGAGGUGAUGGGAUGAUAUUUACAUUUUAUGUGAUAUCGAUAAUAAGUUCGAUUGUGAUUGGGAAAGAGAUUGAUUCAAUUUUACGAUUAUCAAAUGGUGAAAGUUAAGAGGAAAGAAAGUAAGGUAAGGUAUUUAGAAAGUUACAAGACUAUGUAUGUUAUAAUAAUUAAUUUAUGGUUGAAAAAAAAAGCUGUAAGCAGUGUAGUAUCUGGUCUAAUUAUUUAAAGAAGAUUUGAACGGGUUUAAUCAAGAUAAGUAAAGUCUAAGC